AGAGAGAGAGACGUGUUGUUGGAGGUAGGUUAGGCUCAGUAGACUGCACAAAUAUAGUGUAUAAACAUUAGUAAGGUCAAGUAUGUGCACAUGAGGGCAUUGUGGCUUGUUGAAAUGCAACUUGAAUUCUCUCGCGCUAAAAGGAAUAUAGUGCAAUCAGCAAGCUAUCGUUUGCAGGUGCUGCAUCAGCCGUGAGUUGAGGCAACUGUUGAGAGAUCAUCCGUCCCAUGAUGUUAAAGAAAUGAAUUCCCUGUGGGCUCAAACUGAGAACAAUUCAGCUUCCCUGACCACGUGAAGCAAGGUGAGCCCAGCGGAUUCACUCGCAUCGAUAAAGGUUUUGACUUUGCUGAAGACCCUUGAGCAUGCUCGGACAAUAUCAGCUUCUAAGGCCUGGGAGAGGACAGUCUCAUCACUCCAUGGGACUCCAGACCUGGCCGACAAGCAAACCACUGUCCUCCAUGGCCUGCCUUGAUGUGGAGACCCCUUCCAUCUGCAGGGGUAAAUUUAAAUCAGUCCUUCAGCUCUGUUUGCAACAGAGGAGAACUCGGAAGCAGCUUGUGGAGCAAGGCAUCAUGCCGCCUCUGAAAACACCUGCUGCCUUUCAUGAGCAGAUUCGCAGCCUGGAGAGAGCCAGGACUGGAAGCUUCUUAAAGCACAAACUCUGCAGCAGACCUGAGCGCUCCGAGCUGGUCCGUAUGCACAUCCUACAAGAGACGCAGGCUGAACCCUCCCUGCAUGCCACACAGAUGAAGCUAAAGAGGGCCAGACUGGCUGAUGAUCUCAAUGAGAAGAUCGCCCAGCGGCCUGGACCCAUGGAGCUAGUGGAGAAGAACAUCCUGCCUGUGGACUCUGGUGUCGAAGAAGACAUCGAUGGUGGUGAGGCAAACAGUUCUAAGCCACCAGACAUUUGUAACUUUGAGGACAGCAGUGAUGCUUUAUCAUCACAACGGACUGCCAGCCAAAAAUCUCCCAGCUCCACCUCUCAAAGGGAGUCUGGCGGGACUUCUACUUCCUCUUACUUAAACUCUCCCAUACAGCACUCCCCACCACCUAACUCACAGUCCACAUCAGAUGUAGUCAGCCUUGUCUCCACCAGUGAGCAACAAAGCAAACAACAAGCGUCUACACUUCAGCCAAUCUCUACUGUUGUCCCCAGUAUCACACCGGGACCACUUCUUGUGAAGCAAAGCCUGCCAAAGCUACCCAGCGAUAGAAGCCGCAGCAAAAAGAGCAAAGAGCCCAAACCACGGGUGAAAAAGUUAAAGUACCAUCAGUAUAUCCCCCCAGACCAGAAGCAGGAGCUCAAUGAAGUGCUGAUGGACUCAGCUUAUACCCGUCUCCUGCAGCAGCAGCAGCAAUUCCUGCAGAUUCAGAUCUUGAACCAGCAGCAGCAGCAGUACAGCUACCAGGCUGCCCUGCCUGCCCCACCCAAACCAACAACUGAGGUACAAACCAGCUGUUCCAGUGUUGUUCUGAGUGGAAACACUACGUCUACCCCUCUGCAGCCCCGCCACACUCAGACGAACUGCAAGCCGGAUCAUUUACCAGCUAAUCUGGAUGAGAUGAAGGUUGCUGAGCUGAAAAUGGAACUAAAACUCAGAUCUUUGCCUGUUUCUGGGACUAAGACAGAUCUGAUAGAGAGGCUAAAGUUGUACCAGGAGAACUCGAACAUUCAGAUUGCUGCUGUCAGUGAGACAUCAGCCGUCACAGCAGCCUCACAGUCUGACAACAAAAAGUUAACCUCGCCUGUGUCCCCUAUAGCCUCUAAGGUGUCCAGUCUGGGCAUAGAGGACAGUAGUAUAGCAGACAGCCCCACCAAGCUCUCAGAAGCUCUGUCUCCAACUCACGCUGCUCCCUGUGUGAACUCCCCACAGAGAUCUCCACGGGAAGAGUGUCCCACAGAGACAAGGUCCUAUGAGAAGGACUCUGAGAGGGACAAACGUCUCCACGAUAAGGAGCGUCAGAUUGAGGAGCUGAUGAGGAAGCUGGAGCAGGAGCAGAGGCUGGUGGAAGAGCUGAAGAUGCAGCUGGAGGUGGAGAAGAGGAGUCAGCAAGCAGAUUCUCCAGCUCAGCUCAUACCUCUUGCUCCCAUCCAGGUGAAAGAGGAAAACAGGACCUUAUCAAACUGCUCAGCAUCUUGCGAUUCUCCUGGUCUGCCAGUGUUGGUUAAACAAGAGCAGGUGGCUCCUCAAAAUCAGUUCACCAUCAGCGACCAGACUUUCAAGCAGCCUAAAACCUUGCAGCCAGUCAAGGCUGGAGCUCAUAUCCUCCAAUCUGCAUGCCGUCCUGCCUCAGCUGUGACUAUCCAGCUCCCUGCCAGCAGCAUUAAAUUACACACUACUGUUAGCAGCGUAGCCCCAGGUCUCAUCCAGACCUCUGGACAGGCGCCACAGAAAAUAGAGGCCUCAGCAGCAUUACAACAGCAAUGCAGCACUCGGACUCAGCUACUGACAAAGACAUGGAGGAUGGGUCGUACAGCACAAAGCUUACUCAACACAUUCCCAGUGAGUGGAUGUCCUGUGGGAGCCUCCUCUAGCCAACCUGGUCCUAAAGAUCCUACAAAUAAGGCUCCCUGUACCAGUCAGCCAACUGUGAUAUUGCCAAAAUUCACAAACCAUGUGUCAAAGUGUAAAGACCCACCCCGCUAUGAGGAUGCAGUUAAACAGACACGCAGCAUGCAAACAACUGUUCAGGGUCCCACUGCUGCUAGCCAGCAGAUGGAUGACUUGUUUGAUGUGUUAAUCGAGAGUGGUGAGAUCUCACCCAUCAUCAGACAGGAUCCUCCCAGUCUGGACAAGCCUCUCCCUGUGACAGCCAGUGUAACCACCCUUCCCAUCAACACGGUUUUAUCGCGCCCCCCACCCGUCAUCCAAGUGGCCCAGCUGCCUGCAGCACAGCUGAACCCCUCGCCCAGCUUGGCUGCUCUAACCUCUAGCAACCAGCUGGAAACCCUCCCGGGUGCUCACACCGAGCCACAGACACUGAAGCUGAUAGAGGAGCGACACUCACCUGUGCUUACCAUGGAGGGAUACUUAAAUGAAAACACAUCACCCUCUACUUUGAACUUGCACAGCACCAACAUGGACAAUAUGGAUUGGCUGGACCUUACCCUGUCUGUGCCAGCAGAGGGGGUCAACUCUUUGGACAUGUCAGCGCCAGUGGGCGUCUUCUCCUCUGACUUCCUGGACACACAUGAACUGCACUUGAACUGGGACUGACUGCUGGUCAAGGAAAAUCCGUACACCCAUCAGACAGGUUCAGAUAAACAUAUACUUUUUAUGCAAGGGAGGCUGCAUUUAUUUCCUAUGUGGAAAAAUUGGGUUUUUUAGAGUUUGUGGCAGCUCUGUUUUGUUUUCUGGCCGUAUAAAUUAGCUCAGUAGCCUAAUAAUCUAUUUGUGCUGCAUCACUUUAGAAAUUCCUGCAUUGCUUCCUUUGAGGUCUUCAAACCCUCUGAUUGUACAGGGAGACAGGGGGACUGGCACUGACAGAUUGAGCAGACAGUUGAAGUUGCCUUUACAAUUACAAUCUUAAUUUAUGCCACAAUUUUGCUAUCAAUAUGUUCUCACGUUAUUGCUUUCUCUUUGUCUUCUAAUGAUAAUGAAUGUACAGUGUUAUAUUGGCCUUAGUAAUAGCAGAAAGAGCAGGAAAAUGUCCUAAUGCUGGUUUCAGAACUAAUGGACUAACACUACAUUUAGCUGGGGGCUAUUAUGCAGUUCAUUCCACCCUGACUCGGAAUGAUUAUCACUAUCAAAAGAGAUUAACACACACAUGGUGAAUGUUCCCUGUGUAUAUGUAAAUUGUGAAGCAUAAAUCAGAUGUUUAAUUGAAUUGAGAAUGUGAAUAUGAUAGUGAUAUAAUAUGAGACCACUGAGUUACCACUGUGUCAAAUUAGCUUGACCAAACAAGUAUUUACUACAAAAUACUCAACACUCAAAAUUGCUCCAUCUCCAGUUCUGACAAGAUUUCUAGUAGAUCAGCCAAAUCUUCACUCCUGGAUCUCCAGUAUGCUACUGUACACUAUGUAAAACAUACUGCACAUGCAUGUAAAACAUACUGCACAUGCAUGUAAAUCCAAUAGUCCUAUGAGCUUGAAAAGUAGAAUACAGAUAACUAAUCACAAAAGUCAUCCGCUGUGCUCUGUUAAGGCUGUUUCCAAAUGAAUAAUGAUAAAAUAGUUCUUGGAACGUCAUUCAAAGACUCUUGAAGGGUUAAAAAAAAUAUUGAAUUAUUCUUGUUUUUUGUUUAGUCAGUUUAUUCAAGAGGUGUAAGCAUGGCAGCACAUACCAGACUCCAAUCUCUGUGUGCAGCAGACAUACUGUACAGACACAUCUUACAGACAAAAUAACAACAUCCAUCAAUAUGAACCACUGAUCCCUUCCAACUGAAAUAACAUGAAUGCAUUAGUUGAUUUGUAUUGUAGCGACAUCUGCUGGCCACAUCCAAAGCUAUUCAGCUUAAGCAAGCAAAGACUGUGGUCUGACUGGUAUUCUAUUCUUUUAGCAAAUUGCAAAUAAUGACUAAGUAUGAUGAAAGUAUAAUUCAGUGUCAAAGAAACCACCUACACAACAUGAUGAACCACAGCAGGAUAGUUUCCGGGCCCUGCGCUGUAUUAUUAGGGAUCUAUUGUCUGCCUCUGCAGGUUAUAUGGAGCAUUGCUGACAAACUCAUCUAAAUGCUGAGGGAAUUGUUUAAAAAGGAGGAUUUGUUAUUUUUAUUUGUUUUACUUUCAGCACAUUACCGCCUCAUUUGACAAUCCAAAUGUAACUCUUUAGAAGGGAUUGUAUACUGGAAUGAGAAAUAUUUUGUCAGGACCAAGAUUUUGAUAUCUGAAGCAUUCAUGUGUAGUCUGUAAAGUAUUGACCAAUCACAUUCAAGCAGUCAUCUGACAAUGAAUUGGCUUUUUGUUGUUUUUUAAAAUUAGCUUGUAAACUGGCUACUUGUGAAACAAUCCGGUCGUACUUGCAUCUCAAAUUGCUAAUUGAUUGAUAAAGUAUAACUCAACACCGAGGACCACUGCUAAUGCAUAAUUUGUAGACCAUCUCUCUUGAAACUUUGUCUGAACUGGUGUUUGCUUCUAAAUCAACUACCUGCUCCUCAACCUUUUCAAGCUAAACAUAUUUCUGGCCAUUUCUGGGAACUACAAUGCUGAAUAUUGUUAACGACUUAAAGUUAAAGUCUUACUUAUCUGAGAGAACACACUGUGAUUCCAAUAGCAAUACUACAUCUACAUGUUUCUGAUGUUAAUGAAUUCCUUUGUUACAUCCAGACUUGAUUAUUGUAAUGUAUUGUCUGGCCUGCCGCAUGCUUUUUCUUAAAGACAAGCGGCUAGAAUUUUAGGUAAAACUUACACAUUAUACCAAAUUAAGCUUCCAACCAUUAGCUCUCAAUCCAUGAAUCAGACUUUAAUUAAGGUGCCGCUGAUGCCCUUUCAUGUCCAACCUUUCUGAUCUCCAUCCCUUGCUCUGCACUUUCAGAAGGCUCCUGUCUGUCUCCAGAGUUAAAAAGAAGUCAGCUGGCCACAGGGCCUUUUCCUAUUAUGUUCCCUUCCUCUGAAAUUGACUUUCCUGCUGACCAGACUGUCAGACUCUGGUAAGGCCUUUAAAUCCUUUAAAUUUCACUAAGGCUUCUCUGCGCUGUACCAUCGGCCAUCCAGAGGACCUAUCUCUCUCUCUCAGCUGGCUCUUGGUGUCUCAUUCCAGAUGUUUUGGAUCUGGAUCUUCGUCCUUCAGGAGAUUCAGCCUCUCAUAUUGCUUCCCACUCUACCCAGUGUGAAUGUUGUCAAUGUCCUUGUGUUGCUUUAAAGAUUAAACUCCAUGAAUGAGCCCAAUAUCACGAAUUGCAAAUAUACUACAGUAUAUUUACAUUCCUAUUGAUCAGAUGUUCUAAUAGGUGAAAGUCAAUUUGAUGCAAAUGUCUUAAAAUUGUUCAAUAAUAUACAUCUACAUACAGGCAGACUGCAUUAGUCAACACCACAUUGACUUGUGCUCCAUUAAAACCAAAGUGAUUAUUGACAAACCUUAUCCCUCAACCAUUGAUAUUCAGGGUUAUGAUGACAGUGACUGCAAACAGGUCAACUCUGCAAGGGAUCCAUGCUGUGGAAAUACGACUCGGCCGAUGUCUGAUGCUCUUUUAGUCUGAGCUUCAAGUUUCCACCAGCUGCUUUUCUCUCAGAGCUUUUUUACAGUCAUGAUUUGCGUUCGACACCUAGGACAUCUGUGUGUGAUAGAUUUGAACCUAUCCAUGCAGAAGGGAAUGAAGCAACAACCAGCCACACAGCUGCAAAAGAAGUAACAGGAACAAAUUAAAAUGUUGACACACCAGGAAACAUAUGCCUGUGAUCGUAACAAACAGCUGCAAAAAUAGAAACCGGCACAUCAAGGUCUGAUUAUAUUCUCAUGCAAAUAUUUUAGCGUCAUGGAGGAAAUAUUUUCCUACCCAAACGAAGCUAUCAUGAAGCACAUCAUCCAGGUGACACUGCUGAUGGAAGUAACAGUCUCUGUCAUUAUGAACUGCUUACACUCAGGACACUGUGUCCUGCAUGGACAUGCUGGAAGUUUUUUCAUGUCCAGAAUCACCGUAGGGGCUGUGAACAACAGGAAGAUUUCAUGUUAGUUUUUCCCAAGAAAACACUCGAAGCCCGAAACCUCUGUAAAACUUCUAGGAGGAAAUAUUUUGUAAAAACAGGCACUUGGAAUAAAGGAAGUACAAACCGUUAGUGUUGCCAACAUAAAUUGUGAUUCAAAACAUUUCACAAUUCCAGCAUUGGUGGAAUGUAACGAAAUGCAAUUACUCAAGUACUAUACUUAAGUUCAAUUUUGAGGUACUUGUACUUUCUAUUUUAUACUUCUAUCCCACUACAUUUUGGAGGCAAAUAUUUGGGUACUAAAGUUACUUUAUACUGUACAGAUUUAGAUGAUUAAUACAACAAAUACAUCAACUAAUGAAUUCCAAUAUAUUAUUAUCAUUAGUAGUAACAGCAGUAAUUAAAAUUAGCCCCACCAGCUGUAACAUUAAAGUGAUGUACACAUGAAUGCAUCAGUAAUAUAAUAUAUAUCAUUCUAAUGACUACCUUUAUUUUUGGAGAUUGAAGUAUAUUUUGUAUACU